AUGGCUGCGGAAUUCAUCGGCCUGCAGAUGCUGGUGACCCUUAAGGGCAACCCUCCUCUGCGUCUUAAGGGAACUGUCAGCGCUGUUGAGGCCGGUACUGGGUUGACUCUAAGCAACGUCUGGUAUCUCAAUACAAACGAGUGGAAACCCCGCGUUUCGAUUCCCUCGACUGAUAUCGUCGAUCUUUCCGAAGUUACCAGCACACCCGCGCCGAAUGCUGUUGCAACAGCAACACAGCCCGUGGCUCCUGUUGCGCCGCCGGUUGCGCCCCUCCCUAUCCCGCAAGCGCCAGCAAAACCUGCCUUCGUGGACCCUGCCAUUGUGGCUGUAGGAAAACCGGGCCCGUCUGCCACUUUGUCUCGCGUCCCCAGCAUCCCACUGCCUACUACCAGCGAGAAACGGGAUCCCGAGCCCGCCAUGCCGAAUCUGGCACCAGUACCAAAUGCGAAUCGCGAGGUCACUCCAACCGUAGCAACAGUCGCCGAAUCAAUCAAAGCGCUCAACAUCGGAGAGCGCGGUGCGACAGCUGAGGCAGCCCAGGACAAAGAAGGCCCCGAAACUGUUCUUGAGUACGGAGAUGUAGCAGGCCAGAAGAAGAAGCGGCGGCAGCGGAGGCAGGUCAGCUCGCGAGGUGUGUCGCAUGAAGAUUACCAGGCAUCUCCGGACACUUCUACAAAAAUGGUCGGUCGUGGAAAGGGCUGGAGACAGACCCCAAUAUUGCAGGAUACCUCAUCCUUCCAGCCGUUCAGCUCGUUGAAACGGAGAGCAAGGGGCAGGCACACCAUUGAUAAUGGCUGGGCCUCCGAGGAUGUCACUGACGUCCAGGAGAUGGGCGAUUUUGACUUCGAGGGCAGCUUGGCCAAGUUUGACAAGAAGAACCUGUUUGAGCAGCUGAGGAAAAAUGAUCAAAUUGACGAGGCUGAUCGGUUGGUUGGUUACAACCGGCGACCGCGUCCCAAGCCCGGAACAGCCGGUGGAAAGAACCUUCACUAUACAGAGAAUGUGCUUGAUAUGCCGUCGACGAUUCUUAAGCCCCCCAAGGAUCGACCAGCGUCGAAGGAGACACCCAAUGACUUCUGGAAUAGCGAGGCAGAUGACGGGGUUGUACACAGCAGCGACCGCUUGAUUUCACGGGAUUUGGGCAUGAGCAGCAGGCAAAGCUCACGCCGAGGAGGUGAUAAAGCUGGCUCAAAUCGUCGAUCGCAGUCGCGCAAGACCGGAGGAGGGACAGGGUCGGGCCCGAGCAGAGUCAACUCCAGUGUGAGCCAGAUGCGCACCCAGUCCCUGAAGGGAAGCCGGCCAAGCAGCCGACUUUCGUCUCGUACCACGACCGCUGACAAGAGGAAGCAACUGUCGACGUCGGCUUCUCCACAGGGUCUUUACGUAUUGCCGUCUAACCGGCGCAUCGAGACGGUCUCAGCACUGCAGAUGUUCAACCUCGAAAAUAUCGCACAUAAUGAAAUCGGAUUGACGGAGGAGAUGAUGACAGAAAAUGCGGGCCGUGGCAUCGCUGAGGUUACACUUACGGCGCUGUCCGACCCGGCCAUCAAGGUCCGACAUGCCGGUGCUGUCGAUCCCAUGACUGGCAAUCCUCCUCCGCAGACAGUUGUCGUGCUGGCUGGUAACAAUAAAUCCGGCUCACGAGCCAUCGCCGCCGCCCGACAUCUCCGUAACAAGGGUAUCAACGUGCUUGUGUGCGUGGUCGGAUUAGAACGUGGCGACCGCGACUUGCUUGAAGAUGUACAGCAACAGGUGCGAUUAUACCGCAACCUGGGCGGGCGUGUCUUCACCAAGACCGACUUCUUCGAGCACUUGCGCAAGAUGAGCAUUCCCAUUUUAACUAUCGAUACACCACGUAGUAUGUCACUGAGCAAUUUGACCAAUCCGGCACCGGUGAUGCUCAUCAUCGAUGCGCUCCUGGGGCUGGCCAUCUCGUUUGAGGAACUGCGCAACGGUGACCAGGCCACGGUGUACGAGCUUAUUGAAUGGGCUAAUCGCAACGAGGCCUUCGUCCUCGCCGUUGACGUGCCUUCAGGCAUCGAUCCAACCUCAGGUAGGGUCUCAGUGGUCGACGGCAACAAGCUGUAUGUCAAGCCACGCUAUGUGGUGGCAGUCGGUGCUCCCAAGCGCGGCCUGCUCCAGGCCAUCAUUGCGGCAGAAGAGAAUGGUGAUGUUGACGAUGAUGGCGACCAGGUCGCCGCGACGGCCAUCUCGGACGACGCUGCGGCUGAGUGGAAGCUCUAUCUCGUUGAUAUGGGUCUGGGCCAGGCUGUGUGGAAGAAGGCCGGCACUAAGAUGAGGAAGGGCGUGGAUUUUGGAGACAAGUGGGUGCUGGAGAUGAAGUACAAAGGUAUCACGACUGAAGAAGAGGAGGAAGAAGAGGAGCUUGAGUAA